UCACAGGGAGAAGAUGAUCUGCUGCAUCCUGCCUCUCAUCAGCCUGACCUGCUGUGUCUCUGGAUCAUUUGUAGUGAAUGUGACACAGACCUCCUAUCAGGCAGAGGAGAACCACAACAUCACACUGGAGUGGACGUUCACAACCAGAACCAACAGUUCACCCAACUCACUUUAUAUCUACUGUGAACUGUUAGCUGAUCAUAAGGCCUUAGUCCUGUUUCAUCUCCAUGAAGGUGUUGAGCUCCCAGAUUCUCAGGAUGAACAGUUUACAGGACGAGUCCGGUGUGACGAAGACGUCCUCAGAGAAGGACGACUCAGACUUCAUGUGUCCAGACUCAGGACUAAUGACUCGGGUCUGUACCGGUGUAACGUAUUCACAGGUUAUGGUGGGAAGUCUAGCAUAUGUCGCCUCAAUGUCACUGGUGAGUUGACAGCAGCUCCUGAUGAGCCCACACCUCAGAGACCAACAGUGAGUCCACAACCAGAGAGUCUGGGAAGGAUCGACCUCUACGUUGGACUGGGACUGGGACUGACAGCAGCUCUCUGUGCUGGACUCUGCUUUGUCUUCACACUUUCUUUUACUAAAUAUACUGAUCAGAAAGGAAACAUCUGUGCAGUCUUAUAGAGUUCCUCAGAGAAACAACCCAUCAGGACUAACAGGAGUCUGUCUGGGGGACCCCCUUUGAAUGAGUCCUCAGAGCAUAAAGUAGUCAGAACACAAGAGACUCAAGACUCUCUCCCUCCAACAUCUGUCUGAAGUGUCAGAAAAUAUAUGAAAUGAUUCUAUUUGAAAUGAUGUUCAUGUUACAAUGGGUUUGAAUUGAAAUGAUUCCAGCAGAAAUAACUAACGUCAGAGUAAAGAAUGCUUCCACCGUCCCAGAUGUUGGAUGUCAAACAACAUCAAUUGUGACGGUUUUGGGAAAAUGACCGUUAACGUCACCUCAGAAGUUGUGCUGAGACCAAAUAUCUAAACAGUCACCGUCUGGUUGAUGUGACUCCAUUCAAGAUCCUCCAUUGUAAAACCUGUAAAGCGUCAUAUUUGUCUCAGUCAUCAUCACUGUAUGAAGAGUUUCUCAUUAACAUUUAGCUGUAAGUUGGUUCAGUCAUUGAUCUCUCUGUUCUCCAAUCAGCUGUUAUCAAUCAUCUCAUGUCCUCUGAUGGAGAUUGUUUCAAUGCACUGCCUUACAUGUAAAGUUCAUAUUGUAAAUAAAUGCUUAUUUAUAUGAGAAGUUGUUAUGAAGCUAUUUUGUAUAUACAUAAAGUUUGAACUAAAUCUAAAAUGUAA